GCCAGGCUGAAAAGCAUAUAUAAAAUGCUGCCAGCCUUCAGACAAACUGCAGUUUACAACAUCAGAUACCUCAAUCAACUCUACAAUCAUGUCUAUUGAAAGGACCUCGUUCUGGGCACCCCUCCCAAAGCCAUCGUCUAGGCUAGCGCGGUAUCGUGCAUUAUCCCCUCAUGCAAGUGUCCACGUCUCGCCCUUGCAGCUCGGUGCCAUGAGCAUCGGUGACAAGUGGGAGAAGCACGGGAUGGGUAGUAUGGACAGGACAUCAUCAUACAAGCUCCUCGACGCCUUCUACGAGGCUGGGGGAAAUUUCAUCGACACUGCUAAUAACUACCAAGAUCAAAGCUCUGAAGAAAUCAUCGGAGAGUGGGCAGAGGAACGGGGCAUCCGUGACCAGCUCGUGAUCGCUACAAAGUACACGACCAAUUACCAGGGAGGCAACGGCGCCAUCCGCCAGAAGGUAUUAUUUACCGGCAAUAACGUCAAGUCAAUGCACGUCAGUGUUGAGGCCAGCUUGAAGAACCUGAGGACUUCAUACAUCGACAUUCUGUACCUGCACUGGUGGGACUGGGACACCUCUGUCGAAGAGGUGAUGAACGGUCUGCAUGUGCUAGUGCAACAAGGAAAAGUGUUGUAUCUCGGCAUCUCGGACACGCCUGCUUGGGUCGUGUCCAAAGCGAACCAGUAUGCUCGCGACCAUGGAAAAACACCGUUCGUGAUAUACCAAGGUGCUUGGAACGUCAUGAGCAGAGACUUUGAACGGGAUAUCAUACCAAUGGCCCGCUCUGAAGGUCUUGCGCUUGCCCCUUGGAAUGUCCUUGCCGGCGGAAAACUUCGAACCGACGAGGAAGAGGAUCGCCGCCGGCAGACGGGAGAGAAAGGCCGCAUGUUCACGAGUACCGUUUGGGAACGCAAUGAGAUGGAAAGGGCCAUGAGCACAGCGUUAGAGAAGGUCGCGAAAGAAGUUGGUACGAAGCACAUCACAGCAGUGGCCAUUGCAUAUCUUAUGCAUAAGACGCCCUAUGUGUUCCCGAUUAUUGGUGGGCGAAAAGUGGAGCACUUGGAGGCCAACGUAGAGUCUCUGGCGAUUUCGCUAACACCCGAGCAGGUGAAGUAUUUGGAGAGCAUCGUCCCUUUCGACCUCGGCUUCCCCUCCACAAUCAUCGGUGAUGGCAAGCAACACAACUUUUUGUUGCAGCAUACUGCAUAUUUGGAAAAGCAGCCGCAGGUGCACCCCAUCGUUCCAGAAGUUGAUUAGUACAACAUCGCUUGUAAUUUGUCAAAAUGUAGCGCGCGCCCCAGUAUUCUAGGAACAUGAUGCGGGCAUAACUUUUUUCCCGAAGCCGACAGUUCGGUGUGCAUUGUGCGACGCUUGGGCAGCUUUUGAACCGAAAGACCCUAUGUCUUGCUAUCUCCGCAGAUUUGUUAUAGAAUGCCUUGGGAACAUGUUGCACACUAAAAUUAUUCAUCCGACCGAGCCAUAGGAGACUGUAGGCAAGUUGUAGUUGGUUGUAGUAUCAAAACAUAAAUUCUC